AGUCUUGACAUCAUUGCACACAAUGUCGCUGGUGUAUCCUGCACAGCUGGAAUGACCACAUUUUUGAAAUGAUUGCAAAAUGUGCGCCGUCGAAAGACAACGCCGCGGAAGAGGUUAGAGAAGUCUGGCAGCUCUUGUUUUGACUGAAGUCGGACAGAAAGCAGUGCUAGAGUCACUGAGGACUUUCAACACAGUCCACACUAAAUGCAUGAGGGCAAGAGUCCUACCUCCUGUUACACAGCUAUAUAAAGUGCAUGACGCACCAGUGCUGCAGCAGCACAGCGACACAGCCAGAGAGAGUAGUCAGACGGCUCCGGACUGACAGUUGAUCAGCAGACAUGGCAGAGAAGCUGAAGGGCAACAUCUUAGUGACCGGGGCCAACAGAGGCAUCGGUUUGGAGCUGGUCCAGCAGCUGGCAGAGACGACGGGACGGGACGCUCACAUCUACGCCUGCUGCAGAGCGCCUGAGGGAAGCGGAGCUCAGGUGAGACACUUCCAUGCCCUGAGAGACCUUACAACUCAAUAUCCUGGAAAAGUCACUAUAAUGAAACUAGACGUGUCGGAUGAGGACAGCAUAUCGGCUGCUUUCCAGGCUUUGAACAAGCAGCUUGGGGCCGGCGGGUUGAACCUCCUCAUUAACAACGCUGCCAUUAACCAACCGGGCUCUCCGGGACCGCUCUCUGCCACCGGGAAACAGGACAUGAUGCAGGUGUACGAAACCAAUGUGGUCGGCCCCUUCCUCAUCGCCAAGAUGUUUCUUCCUCUCCUCCAGAGAGCCGCAGAAAUGGACUCGCCUCAAAAGGAGGGUGAUAAAAUGUCCUGCAGGAGGUCGGCCAUCAUCAACAUGUCCACGCUUGUCUCAUCCAUAGAGAAAUGUCCAGAGACCUUUGCACAGGCGCAGAUGUACUCGUACAGGGCCAGCAAGGCAGCACUGAACAUGGUGACUCGCUGUCAAUCGGAGGACUUCAAGAGACACAACAUACUGGUGACCGCAAUCCACCCUGGCUGGGUCCGCACUGGGAUGGGAGGAAAAGAGGCUCCUUUAUCCACGCAGGAAAGCGUGCACGGCAUGCUCACCAUGAUGUCAUCACUCAGCGACAAAGACUGUGGGAUGCUGCUUGACUGGCAGGGCAACGGGAUCCCCUGGUAGCGGUCGCCGAUCCCUCCAGGGCCUGUCAAUCACAACCCUUUUUAACAAUGAAAAUUGUGUUCUCUUAGUGGAAGUAGUUACUUAAAUAGCCCAUCAAAGUGGGUCACUUUUUAUAUUUGUGAAGCGGAUGCAUUAAGUUGGACUCCACCUGUGGAGUACAUUAAAAGCCAUGCGUGUG